UUCCUCUCUCUCUAUCUCUCUCUGAUCAUUCUUAAUUUCUUAUAGGUGUGUUGUAAUUGUGCUUAAAUGUUAAUAUGUGAACUAAAAUCAAGAAAUUUUAGUUCAAACAGUCAAAUUGGGGAGUGAUGUCUAGAGGAAUUUGUUAAUAAAAAAAAAACGAAAUAUCUUAUAUCAUUGAGAAGUCUUCAUGUUCCUCAAGCACUCUUGAACUUGAACUGUCCACUGUGAUAGGGAGAAGUUGGAAUACGGUUUUCCAGAAUGAUCUGUUUUACUCAUGCAAUUGAAAUACGCACAAGAGGAAUACUCCACCGAGAGCAAGUGAAACUAAUGACUCAUGUAAGGCCCAGCUCCCAUAAAAGUGGGACCAUUGUAAUGAGAGAUAGAAGCAAGAACAGAAAACCCCUACAGAAGGGGAGAAGUCUCAGCAUCGAGGCUAUCCAGACUGUUCAAGCAUUGAAACGGGCCGCCAUACACUCUAAUAGAUCUUUGGAGCAAGUAUUUGAUGACAAAUUCAGGCGUUUGUUGAAGUUUGAUAUGAUUGCUGUUCUUCGUGAACUCCUUCGCCAGAAUCAAUGUCUUCUGGCAGUCCAGGUUUUUGAGGAUGUCCGGAGAGAGGAUUGGUAUAAGCCUCAGUUGUCGCUCUAUGCUGAAAUGCUUACAGUUUUGGGGCGCAAUGGAUUUGUUGAGAAUGUGGAAUUGCUUAUCCAUGGUCUAAAAGGAGAAGACAAUAUAAAUGCAGCAGAUCUUGAGGGCUUUAAUGCAUUGCUGAAAAGUUUGAUGGAUUUAAAUCUCACCGGAUUGGCAAUGGAGUGCUUUUACUUGAUGAAAUCAUUGUCGUGCGACCCAGAUAGACAGUCGUUUAAAAUUCUAAUUGAUGGUCUUAAAUUAAAUGGAGAAUCGAGCCUUUUAGAUGUUGUGCACAAGGAUGCUAAAAAAUGUUAUGGGAAUAUUGUCGAUUUCCUAGAGGAAGAAACUGACGUGAGCACAUAAUGUAAGUUUUUUAGAGCUAUCAAGAAUAUCAUUAUUCGUAGAUAUUAGUUUGUGUCCCAGUAGAAGAAUAUCACAUUUCCUCAGAGUUUUCUUUCUUUUCUUCGGAUGUUUGUUUGGUG